GCUGCUGGUUGUAGGUCAGUAAGUGUCCUGCCCCUUUACAACUAGUUUUGUCUGUGACCACAAAGCCACAUCUAGGAUCUCUUAUUGAAGAUGGGGGAGAGGUUGGGAAGUCAAAAAAGCUACGUUUGCUCUUUUUUUGAUUGUCAAGCUACAUUCAGUAAGUCAUGGAAGCUAGAGGCUCAUCUUUGCAAACACACUGGAUUGAAACCAUUCUCCUGUGAGAACUGUGACAAGAGCUUUUGCACUCGUUAUCAACUCACCAGACACGCGCUCAAUCACAGUGGGGAGAAACCACACAAGUGUCUGGCUGACGGAUGCUCUGAGGUCUUUGUCACAAAUGCCAGCAUGAAGAACCACAUGGCUCGAGUGCACCAGCACCAGGAGAAGCGAUAUCAAUGCGACCAUCAGGGCUGUGGAAGGGAUUUCAACAAGAGGAACCAACUGAAGGCCCAUAAGUGUGAGCAACACCAGCUUCUGCUGUUUCGUUGUACUAUCAGUGGCUGCACAAGAGAACUUCCCUCUAAUGGAAAACUAAAGCAUCAUGUGAAAGUGCAUGAAGGUUACCCUUGUGAGAUUGAAGCAUGUCCUUUCCAGGGAAAGACUUGGACAGAAUAUCUGAAGCACAGAAAAGAACAUAAAGUCAAGGUGCCGUGUGGAGAGUGUGAAAAGCUGUUCAACAAUGCGUGGUUCUUGCGCCAGCAUGAGCUGCGUGUCCACUCCGGGGAGAGGAGGAAGCUGUUGUGCCCAAAGAGAGACUGUGGUAAAAAGUUCACUCGUCGCUUCAACUUGGAGAAUCAUGUGCUGGGAGACCAUGAGGGCAAGAAGCCCUUUAGCUGUGCAUAUGCUGGCUGUGAGAAAAGCUUCGCCAUGAAGGAGAGCCUGUGGCGACAUGGAGCGGUGCAUGACCCAGCAAAGAAAAAGCUGAAGAAACUGCAUCCUAAAAAGAACCAGCCCUGGCGUCUGGCUCUGCAGGUCAGUGUGGCAGCUGCAGCCAAACGAGCAGAGACCAACGAGCUUGCUGAGGAGCUGCGCAAUACAACUUUAAAGGACGAGACAUCUUGAGGCUGCAUUAUAUGAAUAUCUGCUUGGAUGGGUUAAUUAAUGGUGACGCAAAUCCCAUAAUUUUUUGUUAAAUAUACUUUGUUUGUGAAAAUAAAGCCUUGUUAAUGCAGCA